AUGGAACUGCCCCUUUCCAGCACCAGCGGCGUCGACGGCGUAGCCGGUGACAGGGAGAAGCACGAAAAGAUAACUUGCUACAGCUAUGAUAGCAAGAGGGAGUAUCCGAAUUAUGUCAAGUGCCCCGACUCAGAUUCCUGCUGCGAGACAAUUGAGCAGUGCCGUCCAGAUCGCCUUUGCACUUCAAAGGAGGAUCCCAAGACGCUUAUUAGGGCCCCCUGCGCAUACAAGCCGUGGACAAACAGCUGCGCCCAGGUAUGCCUGUAUGAUAAUAAAGACUCACCUGUCCUGCCCCGAGCAGUGGUGUGUGAACAAACUGGUCCUUCCAGUGGCAGCUAUUGCUGCGACGACAACAGAACCUGCUGCAUCGACAGAGCGGGCUUCUUCUUGGACGAAAACGGUCUGCUGAUCGGCCGUGCGAACGAGACGGACAACUCGACAUUAAGCCCCAAACCUAUCGGGGUGUCUGUCACGGCCCUAAGAAGCAUGGGAUCCGCCAGCGCGACCUCGACGCCCGCACAGUCACCCAUCAAGGACAAGACGGGCUUGUCGACUGUCGACAAGGCUGGCAUAGGCGUAGGCGUUAGCGUUGCGGUGCUACUCGCCAUCAUUGCAGGGACAUUGCUGUUCCUCCGCAGUCAAAGACGAAAGAGACGGACCCGAGCGGACUCUGCCUCCACAGGUGGUAAUAAUAGUACCGGUCCCGGUACCGCUGAUACUGAUGCUCCGACGGAUACGUGGGGAGACGACAAGGAACCACUACCCGGCGAAGAGCAGCGACGAGAGAAGGAAGAGGAACGAGCACACGAGCUGAUGGGCGACGGAGGGACGCCGGAGCUCGAGUCGGUUGAGAGUCCCCGACAUGAAGCUCCUCCGUCGGAGCUACCGGUCGCAAGAGUGCAGCAGACUGAGCCCAUCGAGUUACCAGCCGACCAGCCUACCGGAAAGCCCCGUCGGUCUUGA